AAAAGAGAAAGGCGCGCGCCAAAGUAACAAACCAAACGGAUUAGAAAGAGAAAGAAACUAAACAUCCCCCAUACCAAUGCUUAUCCCAAAUCCCAUUCCAUUAUCUCUCUCACUGCUCCUUAAAUUCUCGGCGCCGCUCUUAUCUCCCUCGUCUCGUCUCGUCUCGCAUUCGGAAACUCUAUCGCCUUCUUCUCCAAAAUGGUGUCCCCUUCCCAAAAGAUUCUGGUGACCGGUGGUGCCGGUUUCAUAGGCACUCACACCGUCGUUCAGCUUCUCAAAGGUGGCUUCACUGUUUCUAUCAUUGACAAUUUAGACAACUCCGUCACGGAAGCCGUUGACCGGGUACGCGAAGUGGUGGGUCCUCAGCUUUCUCAAAACCUCGAAUUCACCAAGGGCGAUCUCAGGAAUAAGGAUGACUUGGAGAAACUCUUCUCCAAAACUAAAUUUGAUGCGGUGAUUCACUUCGCUGGUUUGAAAGCUGUUGGGGAAAGUGUUGCGAAGCCUCGCCGCUAUUUUGAUUUUAAUUUGGUCGGCACUAUCAAUCUCUAUGAAGUUAUGGCAAAGUAUAAUUGUAAAAAGAUGGUUUUCUCAUCAUCCGCAACUGUUUAUGGCCAACCUGAGAAGAUACCAUGUGUGGAGGAUUUCAAGUUACAAGCCAUGAAUCCCUAUGGACGCACCAAGCUUUUCCUCGAAGAAAUUGCCCGAGAUAUUCAGAAAGCUGAGCCGGAAUGGAGGAUCAUCUUACUGAGAUACUUCAAUCCGGUUGGGGCUCAUGAAAGUGGUAAAAUUGGUGAAGAUCCCAAGGGCAUCCCAAAUAACCUCAUGCCUUACAUACAGCAAGUAGCUGUUGGAAGAUUGCCUGAACUCAAUGUAUAUGGUUAUGAUUAUCCUACAAAGGAUGGCUCCGCGGUCCGGGAUUACAUCCAUGUGAUGGACUUAGCAGAUGGUCAUAUUGCUGCCCUGCGAAAGCUUUUCACAGCAGAGGACAUUGGUUGUACUGCUUACAACCUUGGAACUGGUCGUGGAACAUCUGUACUUGAAAUGGUUGCCGCAUUUGAAAAGGCUUCUGGCAAGAAAAUCCCAGUAAAAUUGUGUCCAAGAAGAUCGGGAGAUGCUACGGAGGUUUAUGCAUCUACAGAGAAAGCUGAGAAAGAGCUUGGUUGGAAGGCAAAAUAUGGCGUGGAGGAGAUGUGCAGGGACCAAUGGAACUGGGCAAAGAACAAUCCUUGGGGUUACACGGGGAAGCCUUGAAUUAACCUGAGAAAUAUAAUGCUCGGCUACAAAUGUUUCAACAGAAAUAGGCUUCUCUUUGUAGAAAUACUUUUCUGCCGGGGUGGUUUGUUUAGGCACUUAAUUGUAUAAUCUUGAGAAUAAAAAUUUGGCAGCUUUUCAAUAAGUAAAAGCUAUAUAUUUAAACUAUAUUUUUAAAUUGGACUAGCCGUCGAUUUGAUAUUGGGAGAAGCUUAUCCAUUUCAGCCAUCUGUUUUAAAAGGAAGGAAGUAAGGAUGCUGAAAUUGAAUUUAAACUGUACUAAAUUGUUAAUUCCAUAAAAAAUAUAUAUAAAUGAUUAAAUUGUGCAUU